CAUUUGUUUAGUAUCAGUAGAACAAUGUUGUCAAUAAGAUGUAUACUUCUUUCAUUGUUGUUUGUUUGGGCGUUACAGUGUUCGGCCACCCAAAAAAACCAAACGCUGCUAGCGGUGAAAACGGACAACAAUCGAAUAACUAUACAGCCUAAACACUACAGUGUUAAAGACAAAGAGAUAAUUAUCGGUAAAGGCAAAUUUAUAGACAGAAUCAACAGUACAGGAUGGGCUUAUUUGGAGAUCAGGACUUCACAAAAAGCCAAAGACGAAGAUCAAGCUUAUGGUGCCGGGUAUUUGGAAGGAACGUUAACCGCUGAUCUCAUAUACAGCUAUUGGUUCAAUACGGCUAAGGGCUAUUGCACCGAUCGGCCGAACGUCUGUCAACAACUAAAAGAUUACAUGACGACUAAUAAAAAUUGGAUUAAAUCGAAAUUAAACGAGUCUGACCCUUAUUGGUACCAGGUUGGACUGUAUUACAAACAACUUGAUGGGUUGUACGACGGAUACAUGCGAGGCAAGUCACCCAGUACGCCCGAUUUGACUUGGGACGAUUUAUACUGGUUAAACGCCCUGGACGACUUGGGCGACUUAUCCAUAGCUUUGUAUCCGUCAGACAUCAGUAACCGAGUCUUGGGAAGCGGAUCAUGUUCAGCUCUCAUCAAGCUGAUGCCGGACAACAAAGACAUACUCGUGUCACACGCGACGUGGAGCGGGUACGAAACGAUGUUAAGAAUUCAGAAGAGGUACAGCCUGCGGUUCAGAAAGAGCAAAAAGUCCAACAAGCUGAUUCGCGGGUUCGAUAUGUCGUUCAGUUCGUUCCCGGGUGGCAUUCAAUCCGGAGAUGAUUUCUACCUGAUAUCCUCUGGUUUGACCACUAUGGAGACCACUAUCGAAAAUUAUAACGAUUCCCUGUGGUCUAACGUGAAACCGGUUGGUCAGGUAUUGGAAUUUGUGCGAGCAAUGGUCGCGAACCGCCUGGCCGACAACCCUACCGACUGGGCGAACUUAUUCAAGCUCCACAACAGUGGCACGUACAACAAUCAGUGGAUGAUCCUCAACUAUGCAGCCUUUCAGCCGGGGAGCCCGUUGCCACCCAGAGACGUACUUCACGUACUCGAACAGAUACCCGGUCACGUGAUGCACGACGAUUUCACCGGCCACUUGAUCAACCGGACGUACUGGGCCAGCUACAACGUGCCCUAUUUUCCGUUUAUAUUCAACGUAAGCGGAAACUAUGAAAUGGAACAAAUUUACGGCUCAUGGUUCUCGUACUCCGAAACACCUCGGGCUCGCAUAUUUGCCAGAGAUCACGUAAAGAUUCACUGUGACAAAUGUAUGUUGCAUCUGAUGCGGUCCAAUAACUACACACGUGAUCCGGAAUCCCGGUGCGACUGUAGUCCACCAUAUUCGGCGGAAAAUGCGAUAUCUUCCAGGAACGAUUUGAAUCCCGCGAAUGGUACGUACCCCAUUAGAGCGUUGGGUCAUCGGUCGCACGGGGCCACCGACGUUAAAGUCACUUCAAGCCAGCUAUUCCAACAGUUACAAUUCAAAGCGAUUGCUGGCCCGACCCAAGGUAGUAACAACAGUUUAGGACCAUUUUGCUGGAGCAAAUCAGAUUUCAACGAUAAAGUCAGUCAUCUUGGCCAUCCCGACUGCUUCAAUUUUAAACCAGUAUUACAUCAAUGGUCUUUAUAAAAUAUGUAAUUAUGUUAAAUCAACUGCUGUGUUUAUUAAUAUACGAGUUUUAAAUACAUUUUAUAUAACAUC